UUUUUUUACCUGGAAACACUGAAUUUGAAACAUAACCUCAAAUUUUGAAAUUUGAAUGUAAAUGGGGGAGGAUUUUCUAGCAAAUAUUAUUUAAAUUGAUCCAUAAAAUACUGGAUCGCUGUUGUUUUAUUCCACAAAAAUAAUAUAAACUUUUUAAAAUGAAUGCCUCUCAGGAAAUGAGUGAAGCCGACCAAAUCAAAACUUUCAAAGACUUCCUGGUACAAUACAACAAGCUGUCAGAGAUGUGUUUCAACGACUGCGUACAUGAUUUUACCUCAAGGACUCUACGGCCUUCAGAAGACAAGUGCACCCUAAACUGUAUGGAGAAGUAUCUCAGAAUGAACCAGCGAGUGUCACAAAGAUUCCACGAAUUCCAGAUGAUCGCCAAUGAAAACAUGCUUGCUUUAGCACAAAAAUCUGGCAACCCCAGCUAAGUGUAGUUAUUUUACAUAAUACAAGUUGUAUUUAUUUA